GGUGCGCGCGCAGCCGCAGACGGCGGCCCGAUGGAGCCCGAGCUCGAGCCCGGCGCGGUGGAGGUUCCCGCCGGGCGCGUGCUCAGCGCCCGGGAGCUUCUCGCCGCCCGCUCGCGGUCCCAGAAGCUGCCUCAGCGCUCGCAUGGGCCCAAGGACUUCCUCCCCGACGGCUCGGCCUCCCAGGCCGAGCGGCUGCGCGUGUGCCGCGAGGAGCUCUGGCAGCUGCUGGCGGAGGAGCGCGUGGAGCGCCUGGGCAGUUUGGUGGCUGCCGAGUGGAGGCCGGAAGAGGGCUUCGUGGAAUUGAAGUCUCCAGCGGGUAAAUUCUGGCAGACCAUGGGCUUCUCGGAACAGGGCCGCCAGCGGCUUCACCCCGAAGAGGCCUUGUAUCUGCUGGAGUGUGGCUCUAUCCAACUUUUCCACCAAGACCUGCCACUGUCUAUUCAGGAGGCCUACCAGCUACUGCUGACUGAGGACGCUGUGACUUUUCUGCAGUACCAGGUCUUCAGCCACCUGAAGAGACUGGGCUAUGUGGUUCGACGAUUCCAACCAGGUUCCAUCCUGUCCCCUUAUGAGAGACAGCUGAACUUGGAUGGCAGUGCCCAGUGCCUAGAGGAUCAGAAUGGCAAAAGGAAGAGGAGGAGCUCCAGCUUUCGCUCCCUUGUAGGAUCCUGGAGGCAGUAUAAUAUGUGUGGGACAUGUGCACCUCAGCAAUCAAGAGCAGACGUGCUGCAUUUCCUCCUCACGUCCCUCAGGUCUAUUAAUAAGAAGGCCAAGGCCCUGGAGAAUCCCCCACAGGGGGUGGAUGAGACACCUGAGAGCCUGACAGCCUCCAGCCCACCUCCCUGCAACCAGAACAGCCGAUGCCCAGAGGAGAAACCUCAGGAGUCAAGCCCUGUAAAGGGCCCAAUGGGCCCAUCUCAGCUUCUGGGAGCCCUGGAGCCCUGGCCUGGCCUGGCUAACGAGGGGGUGGGGUGCAGCCCGGAGAGUGGCAAAGUAGAGAACAGGGUCAAGGGGUUUUGUAAGCCACGCUGGAACUUUGAACAGAUCUCCUUCCCCAACAUGGCUUCAGAUAGCCGCCACACCCUUCUGCUUGCCCCAGCCCCAGAGCUGCUCCCAGCCAAUGUCGCUGGGCGGGAGACAGAUGCUGAAUCCUGGUGCCAGAAGCUGAACCAAAGGAAGGAGAAGCUCUCCAGGCGGGAACGGGAGCAACAAGCAGAGGCCCAGCGCUUCCGGGAGGAUGUAAAUUCAGAUCCCGAGGUGCAGUGCUGCUCCAACUGGCAGGAGUACAAGCAGCUGCUGCAGAGGAGGUGUCUGCAGAAGAGCCAGAGCCGCCCCCCACACCUGUGGGAACAACCUGUCAGACCCUUGCUGAGUCCUGGCCAGGCAGACUCCCCAGCCAUAGCCCUUCAGCAUAUCUCUGUGCUGCAGACCACACACCUUGCUGAUGGAGGUGCCCGGCUGCUGGAGAAGUCUGGGGGCUUGGAGAUCAGCUUUGACAUUUAUCAGGCCGAUGCUGUGGCCACAUUCCGAAAGAAUAACCCCGGCAAACCCUACGCCCGGAUGUGCAUUAGUGGAUUUGAUGAGCCAGUUCCAGACCUCUGUACCCUCAAGCGGCUGUCCUACCAGAGUGGGGAUGUUCCUCUGAUCUUUGCCCUGGUGGAUCAUGGAGACAUCUCCUUCUACAGCUUCAGGGACUUCACGCUGCCCAGAGAUCUGGAACACUAAUGACACCGCUCUGGCAGGGCAUGGGACCUGCUCGGGGGGACCUGGACUGUCUAUUCUCAGGGACCAUCUCAGCUGCCUCCUAUACCCAGACUCACCUGUAGCUUCAGGGGCUAGUCUGGGCCUUGGCCCUGAGUGUCUGAUGCUUGCAGGAGAACGAAGCCAUGCCCCUCCCCUCCCCCCACCUGGCUUCCAUAGUCCCAGGCCUGAGAUUGCUGUCUUGCAGUGAUACUUUGGAACUCAGGACUAGAUUUCAGAGACCCAGCGGGGUGGGGCAGAAGAGAGGACUCUGUGCCUUUAAUCGAGAGGGUGCCUGCUUCGUGCGAUAAAGCCAAAGCCAUUAAAAAAUAGAUCGCUCUAA